AUGCAGAGAUCCUCGUCGCAUGCCAACGUAAGAGAUGCAAAGAUCGGUCUGGCGAUGAAGGGCGGCCGCCUCGAUGUGGCCAGGGCAAAGGUCGUGUCUGGGCCAGGAGCGGCCAUGGGCAAUAAGGCGGUGAGUCUUCCGAGCCUCUUUCCCGCGCCCAACGCCACCGGGCACGUGGGCUAUCCCACCACAGAGAAGUCCGUGAAGCGGACGCCCAGCCAGCUGCUCUUGGAGAAGCAAGAGUUCCGAAUGGUGAGCAGCAUGCUCGCGAAGCCCAAGAUUACCGGGUUCCAAGACCUCGCUCGCUUCUCCAACCACACGACGUCCGUAGUGCCAGUGGAUCAGCCGCUGUUCAGUGUCCAUCCCCCGGUGGUCGCCUUCGUCGAGUUCGAGGGCCUUCAGACCUACGAGACCACGGUGACCCUGCGGAACCAGGACACCGUGGCACGAAGGGUCAAGGUGUGCCCUCCUGACAGCCCCUUCUUCGAGCUGCUGCCGGGCACCAGAGUGGCGAAGGGCGGCACCAUUGCCACCACCGACGUCUCUAGAGACAAGGUCGCUCCCGGCAUGGACGUGGCCUACGUGGUGCGCUUUAAGCCGGACGCCAGGAUAGAUUACAGCUACGACCUGAAAGUGGUCACAGAACGAGAAGAAUUUAGUGUGCCGAUCCGCGCCUCCGGCGGCUCGGCGCUGCUGGACUUCCCCGACGUCAUAGACUUCGGGGAGGAGUGCACAGUUGGCCAUCAGUGCGAGCGCACGGUGCUGGUCCGCAAUGUGGGGGACCGCGCCUCCAAGCUGCUCUGCCGGGCGGAGGAGCCUUUUAGCAUCGAAGUGCCGGACGGCUUCCUGGAAGAAGGGGCCUCCUGCCAGGUCUCGAUCUUUUUCACUCCGCCCCGUGCCGAGCGGUACGAGUGCGACUUGCACAUAAAGUAUGGCGAAAUGGAGGCGGUUGCGACCCUCAGGGGUCAGGCAUGCAACGCAGAGGUUUCACUGUCUCACAGCUUGCUGCUCAUUGAGGACGACACCUACGUUGGCUUGGAGUCCCAAGGGGUAGUGACCAUCCGCAACGACUCGGAUGUGCCCAUUGACUUUAGUUGGCGGCUCUUCUGCUCAACCAUGGAGGAGGCGCAGCACAGGCUAGCAUUGCAUCAGCAGCUCAAGACGGAGGAGAUGGACGAGCUUCUCUACAUGCAGCAAGCCAACUUCUCCGAGGACGAGGAGAGCGACAGCGGCUCGGACGGCGAGCGGCGACGGCUCCGGUCCGAGCGGAAGGUGACCAAACUCCUGGGCCGCAAGUACGACUCGAUCAUGAAGGCGGUGGAAGAGGACGACCCCAUGCUCUUCCGCGACGCCAUCUUCAAGAUCGAGCCACUCUGCGGGCGCCUUUGGCCGCAUACGCAGGUGACCUGCGCCUGCUGCUUUCUGCCCAAGGACGCGCUGGUCUACUGCGCCACUGCGUACCUUUCGGCCGUGGGGCAGGAGGACCGGGCGCCGCUGGUGCUGAAGGGCCUGGGCAUCGGGCCCAAGGCCACCUUCUCCUACGACGAGCUGGACGUGGGCAACGUCUUCGUGGAGAGCGCACAUCGCUACGAGGUGCAGCUACUGAACCAGGGAGACAUCGAGGUGGACUUCCGGCUGGUGCACCGGGAGGGCAAGUUCGCCCCCAGGUUCAAAUUCACCCCGGACCACGGCACCAUCGCAGUGGGCGGCCAGUGCGAGAUCGUGGUGGAUUUCAAGCCAAAGGAGCUUGGACCGUUUCACGAGGUUUUCGAGUGGGCCUUGCAGGGCAGCGCGACUGCUGUCACCUUGGCCUUCCGCGGGACCUCCGUCAGACCAAAGUUUGAAUUCGAUGUGGACAAGAUCAACUUCGGCACGGUGAGCUUCGGGUUCCUAAACUCCAGGAUGCUGACGCUCACAAACACCUCAGAGGUGCCCUGCUAUUACACCCUCACUGUGAAAGGUGACGAGGCCCCUCCAAGCAACGAGUUCGAGAUCAUCCCCUCGCGCGGCACGCUGCUGCCGAACUGCGCCCAGCGAAUUCAGGUGGACUUUAUUAGCAACACCGAAAAGAAGUACGACACCAGGCUCUCAGUAGACCUGGAGGGCGUGGGCAAGGAGCCGCCGCAGCGCUCCCGAAUUCAGCCCCCUGAGCUGCUGUCCAUCCCCAUGUUCGCGCAGUGCGCGGUGCCCACGGUCUCCUUCGAGCCCCACGGGUGCCUGAACUACGGGGAUGUCUUCAUUAGGUAUCCGUUUCACCAGAGUCUCUACCUGCACAACACCUCGGUGCUGCCCGCGAAGUUCAUCGUGGAGACCCAGGAGGACAAAUCCAAGGCAGAGUUCGAGCCGGAUCAAUGGGUGGGCACAGUGCCUCCCUGUGCCUCCCACGUGAUCACCGUGACGCUCACGGCGCACACCGCAGGAGACGCUUUGGGACCCUUUGGGAAAUCUCAAAACCGGGUCUGGGACCGACCCAAAAACCAGAGGGAUCCCCCCAAUUGUUUUUCAGGGUGGGCUCCCGUCCCGCAGGGGUCGAAGCUCCCCAAAAGUUGCAUGUAUCCUCUGACUACUUUGUACUUACUCCCUGCGCAUGAAACAAAACAUUGA